AUGGACUUGGAUGAUAUGGACUUUUAUGGAGAUGAUGAAGUUUGGCAGGAACGAGUGCCAAGGGUUUUCAGAGAUCGUUCAUGUCCAUUCGAAAUGCUGACCGAUGAAAACUUUCGGAAGCGGUACAGAUUCACUCGUUAUGGAUUUUUUGAAGUGUUAAAGUUUAUCGAAAGUGACCUGUUGAGCUCGGGACGAUCGUUUGCUCUUCUUCCAGCUCAGAGAUUGGCCCUGACACUGCAAGUUUUGGCAUCUAAUUCAUUUCAAAUUUCGGCUGGAGACACAGCUGGAUGUGCUCAAUCUACCGUAUCUCGAACUAUCCAGAAUGUUUGUGAAUCCAUUGGGAAACAGAUUAACCACUUCAUUGUUUGGCCGAGCUCCGAAAGUAUGCAGAAAAACCAGAGAUUAUUCAAAAUGCUGACAAAUAUUCCUGGAAUAUGUGGAGCCGUCGAUGGAACUCAUGUCAGAAUUCCCGCUCCGUCAGAAAAUGAGCACUUAUAUGUCAACAGAAAAUCAUACCACUCAAUUAAUGUGGGAGUCGCGUGUGACUACAAUCUUAGGUUCAUAUGGCUUUCGGCUAAAUAUGGUGGAUCCGCACAUGACUCGAGGGUUUUCCGGGAGUCCGCACUUCACAAUUUGCUGAAUUCGGGGCGUUCGACUGGAAUUCUUCUAGCAGAUUCAGCGUAUAGAGCCGAAAAGUUUAUUCUAAAACCCAUUUUGAACCCAUCCUCGAUUGCUGAAAAAAGUUAUACAGAUGCUGUAUGCAAAGGUCGAGUCAAGAUCGAGAAUGCAAUUGGCUGUUUAAAAAGACAAUUUCACUGUUUGCACUCUGAAUUGAGGUAUUCGCCCAAGAAAGCAGCUCUCCUCAUUACCGCAUGUGUCUGUCUUCGAAAUGCUGCAAUUGAUCUCAACGAAGACGCGUUCGAAGACGAUAUCCCAGAUGAUGAUGUAGAAUGUGAGAUGGAUGAUUCUGCCCCUACCGCCCCAGGAGCAGCAACCAUGAACCACGUGCUUCUGAAAUAUUUUUCCUAG